CAAGACAAAACCCAUAUCCCUAUCAAUAUGGAAAAAUUAUGGUAGAAGAGACAAAGCGCCGGCAGUACCUGUACCUUAUAAAUCAAACACCAAUCCCACCGCCGGCGACGACAGAUGGAUCCCACCGGAGAACACAACACACCAGCGGCGGCUCCGCCGAGAAGCUACUGGAGAUGCAGCAAGCGCGACUUCUUCCCGGAGAAAUCCUUCGAGAACUGGAGCUCCUACCUCUCCGCCCUCUCCCAAACCAGGUCCAGAUUUAAAAACCGCCUCCUCAGCAGAUCCGCCGACGCCACCGAGCUCGUCGACCUCCGGCGACAGAGCGAGAACUCCAUGAAACGCUGCCUCACCUGGUGGGACCUCACCUGGUUCGGCUUCGGCGCCGUCAUCGGCGCCGGAAUUUUUGUCCUCACCGGCCAGGAGGCUCACACCCACGCCGGCCCCGCCAUCGUCCUCUCCUACAUCGCCUCCGGCGUCUCCGCCAUGCUCUCCGUCUUCUGCUACACCGAAUUCGCCGUCGAAAUCCCCGUCGCCGGCGGGUCCUUCGCCUACCUCCGCGUCGAGCUCGGCGACCUCGCCGCCUUCAUCACCGCCGGCAACAUUAUGCUCGAAUCCGUCGUCGGAACCGCCGCCGUCGCGCGAGCGUGGACGUCGUACUUCACCACUCUCCUCGACCGCCCUCCGGAUUCGCUACGAAUCCACACCGAUCUCCACCGCGACUUCAACUUGCUCGACCCGAUCGCCGCCGCCGUGCUAAUAAUCACGGCAUCGAUCGCAAUCUCUAGCGCGAAACGAACUUCCUACGUAAAUUGGAUCGCCUCGGCGAUAAACACGGCCGUGAUCCUGUUUGUGAUAGUCGCAGGAUUCGCCCACGCGAACCCGUCGAAUUUGAAGCCGUUGGCGCCUUACGGCGCCAAAGGCAUAUUCCAAGCGGCCGCGGUCGUCUACUUCGCCUACGGCGGAUUCGACAAUGUGGCCACGAUGGCGGAGGAGACGAUGAAUCCGGCGAGAGACAUCCCGAUAGGAUUAGUGGGGUCGAUGUCGAUGACGAUGGUCAUAUAUUGCUUGAUGGCACUAUCGUUGAGUAUGAUGCAAAAAUACACCGAGAUCGACGUCAACGCGGCGUACUCGCUCGCCUUCGAGCGCGUCGGGAUGAAAUGGGCGAAGUACUUAGUAGCCCUCGGCGCGCUAAAAGGGAUGACGACAGUUUUACUAGUCGGGGCGCUCGGGCAAGCGCGAUACAUGACGCACAUUGCAAGGGCCCACAUGAUCCCGCCGUGGUUUGCGCUCGUCCACCCGAAAACGGGAACUCCAAUCUACGCGACGCUCCUAAUCACGAUCCCGAGCGCGUGCAUCGCAUUCUUCUCGAGCCUCGACGUGCUCUCAAGCCUACUAUCGAUAAGCACGCUUUUCAUCUUCACGAUGAUGGCGGUCGCGCUUCUGGUGAGACGGUAUUACGCUGCAGGGGUGACCAGUAAAGAAAAUUUAUUCAAACUCGUAGCAUUUUUGCUCGUGAUUAUUGCUUCCUCGAUGGGUACUUCUGCGUAUUGGGGGCUAAAACCGGGUGGGUGGAUCGGGUACACGAUCACUAUCCCGGUUUGGUUCUUGGGGACUUUGGGAUUAGCGGUGCUGGUUCGACAGGAAAGACAACCUAAAGUGUGGGGAGUGCCACUUGUGCCGUGGCUACCGUCGUUGUCGAUUGCUAUAAACUUGUUCUUGAUGGGGUCUUUGGGCGCCGCGACCUUUAUAAGGUUCGGCGGUUGCACCAUUAUCAUGAUGCUUUACUAUUUGUUCUUCGGGCUUCAUGCUACGUUCGACGUGGCCGAGCAAAAUAAGGAAGCUUCGAAACUUGGAGAUGAUGAAAUGGGAGAUAAGCAAAGUUUGAGUAUUUCUCUUGAUGGUAAGUAGUUUGGGAAAGAAAACUUCGAUCUUAUGUUCAUGGAUGAAUGUUGUAUGAGUACAAGUAUACUUGGUGUAAGCCCGUUGAAUGAAUUUGAAUUUGAAUUUGAAGA